UCGCUAGCGAGCUCCGAGGCUUCUGGUGCCGCCGUCAUGGUUCGUACUCUCAACUGCAUCGCCGCUGUGUCCCAGAACAUGGGCAGCGGCAAGAACGGAGACCUGCCUUGGCCCCCGCUCAGGAAUGAAUUCAAGUAUUUCCAAAGAAUGACCACAACCUCUUCAGCAAAAGGUAAACAGAAUUUGGUGAUUAUGGGUAGGAAGACCUGGUUCUCCAUUCCCAAGAAGAAUCGGCCUUUAAAGGACAGGAUUAAUUUAGUUCUCAGUAGAGAACUCAAGGAACCUCCAAAAGGAACUCAUUUUCUUGCUAAAAGUCUGGAUGAUGCCUUAAAACUUAUUGAGGAACCAGAAUUAACAAAUAAAGUGGAUAUGGUUUGGAUAGUAGGAGGCAGUUCCGUUUAUAAGGAAGCCAUGAGCAAGCCCGGCCAUCCACGACUCUUUGAGACAAGGAUCAUGCAGGAAUUUGAAAGUGAUACAUUUUUCCCAGAAAUUGAUUUGGAGAAAUAUAAACUUCUCCCAGAGUACCCAGGUGUUCUUUCUGAUGUCCAGGAGGAAAACGGCAUUAAGUACAAAUUUGAAGUAUAUGAAAAGAAUGAGUAAUGUGAAGGUGUUGUCUGAUUCAUUUCAAGUUGUUCCCCAUCCCCUCCAGACAAUUAUGUAUUUAACAUUAGAGAAAGAUAUU